CGAGAUUCUUAACACUUUUAAACCGCACACUGUUUGAUUUGGAUUUCACGAAUUCUAUAAGAAGAAAAAUGAAAGUGCCCAAAGUUUUAAAAUCACUUCGAUAUUCUUUAGUAGCGGUGAAUAGUUUGUUUUUGGUAACGGGAUUUAUCCUUCUCACAGUGGGCUUGAUAGCCCUGAAUACUUAUAACCUAUACGGUAUUCUGGUGACCAGCAAAUUUUUCACAGUUCCCAACUUCGCAAUAGCGACCGCCGCCAUUAUAUUUUUUACCGCAGUACUCGGAUAUUAUGGAGCGAUCUCUGAACAAUUUUACUUUAUAGCUGGAUAUGUCGCACUACUUGUAGUGAUAUUAAUAUUUGAAAUAACGAUUACCGUUUUGGGAUUCGAGCUGCAAAACAAAGCCGUCAGUGAAAUAAGAAGGCCUAUGAUUGAGAGCAUGCAGCAAUAUGGUAAAAUGGAUGUCAGUAUUGCAUGGGAUAAUCUGCAAAUGGGGUUCGAAUGCUGCGGGAUCUCAGGAGAACAAGACUGGACUUUCAACAGGCUGCCCGUGAGCUGUUGCCACAUUAACCCCGGGACUAUAUCGCCUUUCGAAUGUACGUCCGGUCUAGCAUACGAAAGGGGUUGUCAGUCGGUAUUAGGCGAAUGGCUCGGAUACAACGCGUAUGCAAUCGGAGUAACGGCUGCUUUUGUCACUUGUUUGCAGGUCCUUAUAACAGCCGCAGCUGCUUGGUUAGCGUAUAGAUCCAAAUUUGAAGAAGUAGAACUUGAAAGAUAA